AUGAAUCGAACAGCCAUCCAGGAUCAGAAUGAUGCCCGGAAUGCGUUCUCCGAAAGACCCCCUCGAACGCCAGGAAUCACGACGCGGCAAGCCAACGCUGGAAAGACAUUCCUUGUGGACUUCGAUGGCGUCGACGACCCAGAUUUACCGUAUAACUGGCCAACGCACAAAAAGAUCGUCACUGCUUUCUUCUAUGGCUUUGCUUGCUUCACUUCCUCCCUAGCAUCGGGUAUUCUCUCUCCAGCUGUGUCUGAGCUAUCUCUUCAUUUUCACGUCUCCGAUGAGGUCGCAACACUUUGCACUUCAACGCUGUUUCUAUUAGGAUAUACUACAGGUCCCUUUGUCUGGGCCCCGCUGUCAGACAUUUAUGGGCGAAAGAUUCCCAUGAUCAUCUCGUCGUUCGGUUUCAUUUGCUUCGGGGCCGGCUCCGCGACUGCAAAAGACUUCCAGACACUAGCGUUGUGUCGCUUCUUCCAAGGCGUCAUGGGAGCAUGCGCCCUCAUGCUGCCGCUCUCAUCUUAUGCAGACUUCUGGAAAGGCGCUCGUCGGGGCUAUGCAUCUAUCGCGUUCCUGACUUCUGUGUUCGGCGCACCAAUGCUCGCCUCGCCAUUAGCUGGAUUUACUGUAGACAAUCAAUCACUAGGCUGGCGCUGGUGCGCAUGGUGGACUGUGUUCGUGGGUUCGGCAGUCUUCUUUGGUUUGAUGCUCUUCGCCUCCGAAUCCUACGCUCCGUACCUUCUGAAGCAGAAAGCGGUACAGCUGCGUGUCGACACCGGGGAUUGGGCGAUUCAUGCCAAAAUCGAAGAACGGCAUGAAACAUUGGGCCAAACACUCAAAUAUCUACUCCAGAGGCCCUUUAUCAUGGUGUGCAAGGAGCCGAUCCUGCUCUUCAUCUGCAUAUACGUGGCGUUUGUUUAUGCUCUGAUCUACACGUUCUUGGUGUCCUACGAGAUUGUUUUCGUCGAAGGAUACCAUAUGAAUCGUGGUACUGGGGGGCUGCCGUUCUUUGGUGUCAUUGGAGGUCUGGCACUGUCUGCAGUCGUGCAUAUGGCUCAAGAGAGAUAUUACACCCACUGGGCAAGGGCAAAUGAUGGUAUUAUGGUUCCUGAGUGGCGUAUGCCUAUCUGCAUCACAGGCGCCGUGGCCUUCACUGCGGGCUUAUUCUGGUUUGCCUGGACCGCUGCGUACCCUAGACAGGUGCAUUGGAGCAUACCAGCUGCCAGUGGAGUUGCGACUGGCUAUGGGCUUCAUACCAUAUUUAUCGGGUCGACCAUUUCACGUUCAGCUCUCGCCGCGGGCUUUCCGAUGUUCGCAAAACAGAUGUUCCACAAUCUCGGUGUGGGGUGGGCGAACACACUGCUGGCAUGUUUUGCUACGCUCCUCAUCCCAGUGCCAAUAUGCUUCUGGCUAUGGGGAGCGCAGAUACGUGCCCGGAGUACUUUCGCUGUUGACAUUGCCUUGGUCCCAGAUCCAGGCAGAGGUGAAGCGAGCCGCGACGACGACACAUCUCAAGAGAAAGACGUGGAGAGCGCCGGUAUGGAGAUGGAUCAGGCUACAGAUCACAGUCUGGAAACACCAGGGAGGGAUGUGGGUUGUCCGGAGAUGAAUCUCUUACGCUCCGACUCAACAAUCGUGAGCAGUAUCUGA